CAGAAUAUAGUAUGGCGAAAUCGGUUCAAUUUCUACUUAUCCAUACACUAAGGGCAAACUCCGGCUACCAAAUUUUGCGAAUCAAUCUUCUUCCAAAACCCUCUUUUUCUGUUGCGAAAAAAGUUUUGUGAAAGGUCACGGAGCAUUAUAAAUACGACGCGCAGAGGCCAAGAUUUCAGACGAGAGAAGUGAAGCUUUAACGAAGAACUAAACGACAGCAACUUUUCAUCAUGGUUUUGAUUCUCACCCUUGCAUUGCUGGUUACUUUGUGCCAAGGAGCAGUAUUCCCUCCACCCCCACAACCCCCAAACAACACCCGUAUUUCAUGGAACGAUGUGAGAUCAACCAGUUUCAAAGUGAGAUGGGACGACGCUCCUGAUGCUGCAAGUUACAAUGUGUUUCUUUCCACCGGCAUCAACAACCCACCUUUUCGAACUUACGUUAACCUAACUCAGGAUCAUCUAUGGAUUCGCAGCGUGCAACCAAAAACAAUUUACGCCGUGCGUGUUGCAUGUGUAGACCGCUUCGGCCGCAUGAGCGCCCAAGGCCUACCUGGUCGAACUAGAACUUUCCCAGCAAGAAUAACCACAACGACUACACCAGCACCCACUGCACCAACGCCUGUAGGGGCUUGUGGUGUGGGGAACUUCACUUGUGACACACCAGAAAAAGAUUGCAUCGACGAAUCUUGGUGGUGUGAUAAAUCAAAGGAUUGUCCCGAUGGCAGCGACGAAAAAAAUUGUCCAGGCGCAUGUGUUGAAAUCACCGAGUUUUCCAACCACGGAAAUUUCUCCUGCAGCCGUUUUAACAGCAGAAUGAGUGCGUGUUUCUUCGACUGCAACGAUGACUUUGUUAGAGACGGGGCAUGGUACACAGUAUGCUUGGCAAGUGGAUGGACACGAGCUGUACCAACGUGCCGACUGAAGGAAAUAACUUCCAUCACCGUUAUAAACGGCAGAAGUGACACUGAGGUACCGGUUCAAUUCCCAGCUUCAGCCCAGGCUUCAUCCUACGAGGUUUAUGAUGCAGCCAUCGCUAAUACCAAUAUAAUUCACUCGGCUUCUCUAUCAUACGUAAAAGUCGGCUCGAACAUAAGUGGAAGUAUAUACGGACUUCAACCAAGCACUUCUUACAAUGUACGGCUUGUUGCAAUCGAUGCUGACGGAACAAGAGGCAUCCCAAGUCAACCAGUUAUGAUCCAAACAGCCCCAGGCAGCAUAAGUGACAAACAACGACCAUGAUUAAUGUACGAUGGAUAGCAUUGACUUCCGGAGUUGCCCUACUAGUUUUCUGCGAUAUAUUUUGCUGUAUACAUUAACGUUAAACGUCUUUUAGCUUCGGUAUUCUGCAGUAGGCCUUUAAAGGCAGUGCUUGGUGCGUUUCAUAUUUUUUGUUUUGUAGCCUUUUGCAGCCAAACGUACACUUCGUUUUGUGUGAAUAAAUAAAAUUGCAAAAACCCAAC